UUCGAUCGUAUAUAUAACGGCAACAGGCCCCUUUACUAGGGCUUUAUUUUCGCUGUUCGCUUUCGUUGCAGAACCUCACCGACCUGAAGAUUUGACCAUGGGCAGAAGACCAGCAAGGUGUUAUAGACAGAUAAAAAACAAACCAUACCCAAAGUCACGGUAUUGUCGUGGUGUUCCUGAUCCAAAGAUCAGGAUAUAUGAUGUGGGAAUGAAGAGGAAGGGAGUAGAUGAGUUCCCCUUCUGUGUCCACUUGGUGAGUUGGGAAAAGGAGAAUGUCUCAAGUGAAGCUCUGGAAGCUGCUCGGAUUGCAUGCAACAAGUAUAUGACAAAGUAUGCUGGCAAAGAUGCUUUCCAUUUGAGAGUCAGGGUGCAUCCUUUCCAUGUUUUGCGGAUCAACAAAAUGCUUUCAUGUGCUGGGGCUGAUAGACUCCAGACUGGAAUGAGGGGUGCAUUUGGGAAGCCACAAGGUACUUGUGCAAGAGUGGCCAUUGGUCAAGUCCUUCUGUCUGUUCGCUGCAAGGAUAGCAACAGCAGUCAUGCUCAAGAGGCCCUCCGUCGUGCCAAAUUUAAGUUCCCUGGUCGCCAAAAGAUCAUUGUCAGCAGGAAGUGGGGUUUCACAAAAUUCAGUCGUACAGAUUAUCUGAAGUGGAAGUCAGAGAAUCGAAUCGUGCCAGAUGGUGUCAACGCUAAGCUUCUUGGUUGCCAUGGACCUCUGGCGGAUCGUCAACCGGGAAGAGGCUUUUUGUCAGCAACUGCUUAGAAAUUCUUGUUGCUUAAAAAUAUCCAGGACGUUUCUUGAAAAUUUUGAUGGCAUCUCAGUUCGUAUUACAUGUUCUACCACAUACAUUUGUAGGCUUUUUCUCCUGUUCAGUAAUAUCCUUCGGAGUGUGACUGACAGUUUGAGUAGGAUGUGUACUCUGGUGGUUAUUUGGAUCUUGUUUAAAUUGAAUACUUAUUAGUAGCUUACGUGUAGUA